AGCCACCCACCAAUCCCAAACAACCUCCUAUAGAAAGUUUUUGCCGGUGACUAACAAUUCCCAACAAAAAACCUCAAUUAUCUCAGCGAAAUAAGCCCAUCAGCCAUGGCGGCCUUCCCCGGAAGUAUAGCCUUUGACGAAUUCGGUCGCCCGUUCAUUAUUUUACGCGACCAAGAAAACCAGAAGCGAUUAACCGGAAUCGACGCCUUGAAGUCUCACAUUUUGGCCGCCCAGCAAAUCGCCAACACCAUCCGCACAUCGCUGGGCCCCAAAGGCCUGGACAAGAUGAUGGUGUCGCCCGAUGGUGAAGUGACAGUAACCAACGAUGGGGCCACGAUUUUGAAAAUGAUGGAAGUCGAUCAUGAGAUCGGGAAAUUGCUGGUGCAAUUAUCGCAAUCGCAGGACGAUGAAAUUGGCGAUGGGACAACGGGAGUUGUUGUUCUUGCGGGGGCGUUGUUGGAGCAAGCUGGGGCGUUACUCGACCGGGGGAUUCACCCAAUCAGAAUCGCCGAUGGGUUUGAAUUGGCGUGUCAAACUGCGGUUAAACAUUUGGAUAAAAUUGCCGAAUUGUUUCCCGUUUCGGCGGAGAAUACGGAGCCUCUUAUCAAAGUGGCGAUGACCACGUUGGGAUCGAAAAUCAUCAAUAAGUGUCAUCGACAAAUGGCCGAAAUUGCCGUCAAUGCGGUCCUGGCUGUCGCCGAUUUGGAGCAAAAAGACGUCAAUUUCGAAUUGAUCAAGGUCGAAGGAAAGGUUGGGGGCCGUUUGGAGGACACCACACUGGUCAAAGGUGUGGUCAUUGACAAAACCAUGUCGCAUCCUCAAAUGCCCAAAGAAUUAAAAAACGUCAAAUUGGCGAUCCUUACAUGUCCAUUUGAGCCGCCAAAACCAAAAACCAAACAUAAGUUGGACGUUACCAACGUUGAGGAGUUCAAAGAAUUGCGCCAAUACGAACAAGACAAAUUCAAAGAAAUGGUGGGGCUUGUAAAAAAGGCGGGGGCAACGUUGGCCAUCUGCCAAUGGGGUUUCGACGAUGAGGCAAACCACCUCCUCCUCCAACAGCAACUUCCAGCUGUUCGUUGGGUUGGCGGCCCCGAAAUCGAACUCAUCGCUAUAGCAACCGGGGGCCGUAUUGUGCCCCGUUUUGAGGAAUUGAGUCCUGAUAAGUUGGGAAGUGCCGGUUUGGUGCGUGAAUUAUCGUUUGGGACAACAAAGGAUCACAUGUUGGUCAUUGAGGAGUGUUCCAAUUCACGAGCUGUUACGAUUCUGGUGCGUGGGGGGAACCAGAUGUUGGUGGCGGAGGCUAAGAGGAGUCUGCAUGAUGCCUUGUGUGUUGUUAGGAGUUUGGUGCAAGAGCCGAGGGUUGUGUAUGGAGGAGGUGCAGCGGAAAUUGCGUGUAGUUUGGCAGUGGCAGCACAAGCUGAUCAAUUGGCUUCGUUGGAACAAUAUGCUUUCAGGAGUUUUGCUGAAGCUUUGGAAAGUAUUCCGUUGGCGUUGGCUGAAAAUAGCGGAUUGUCGGCGAUUCAUGCCUUGGGAGAAGUUAAAGCAAAGCAAGCUGCGACUGGAGAUUCGGCUCUUGGAAUUGAUUGUAUGAGUACUGGGAAUAUGAAUAUGAGGGAACAACAUGUGAUUGAAUCUCUGAAAUCGAAAAGGCAACAGUUGCUUCUGGCUACCCAGUUGGUCAAGAUGAUACUGAAAAUUGAUGAUGUCAGGUCGCCAAAUGAUGGACAAGGACUUUAAUUUAAUUAAUCAGUUUUGUAUUGUAUCGCUUAUUUAACUCGUAAUAAACGUAUUAACACUG